CUCUCUCUCUCUCUCUCUCUCUCUCUCUCUCUCUCUCUCUCUCUCUCUCUCUCUCUCUCUCUCUGCCUCUUCUGAACUCUGCUGGGCAUCAUUGCGCGUCAAAACAUUGCGUCUCUGCAGGACUUGCCAGGGCCGAGAGAAGAGGAACAUUUUCCUGGGAAGGAAUGCGAAAGGGAGUUUAGGAUUGGCACUGCCAAGAAGAAAACAAGGAGGUGCGACAUUUUCUAAGAUACGUGGAGAUCCGUUUUUUUCUUCCCUUCAAAGGUGUUCGCCUCCCAACCCACCGCCCACCACGGCCCUCACCUGUGUGUUGCGGUGCUUCCCUUGUGAGCCGACCUGGGCUGGCAGUCCCUUCUUGCACCGCCCGCCGACUCCGCCCAUGGUCAGAAUGACGCGCUCCAAGACCUUCCAGGCGUACCUGCCGAGCUGUCACCGAACGUACAGCUGCAUCCACUGCCGAGCUCAUCUGGCCAACCACGACGAGCUCAUCUCCAAGUCCUUCCAGGGCAGCCAAGGCAGAGCCUACCUGUUCAACUCAGUGGUGAACGUCGGGUGUGGCCCUGCAGAGGAGAGAGUUCUGCUCACAGGCCUGCAUGCUGUCGCAGAUAUCUACUGUGAGAACUGCAAGACCACCCUGGGCUGGAAAUAUGAACAUGCCUUUGAGAGCAGUCAGAAGUAUAAAGAGGGCAAGUUCAUCAUCGAGCUGGCCCACAUGAUCAAGGACAACGGCUGGGACUGAGGGACAAGCAGCCGGGACACGACCACAGCAGAGGAGAGGGAGGGGGGAGGGGGCUGGAUGGACAAAUGGAUGGGAGAGAUGGGGGUCGUGUGUGGUGGGUGAGUGUGUGACUUUGGUUUGGCUGAUUUACAAUUAACCCUGUGUAACUCUCUGCCCAUCCCUCCCUACCACGCCUCUUGAUGUACACACACACACACACACACACACACACACACACACACACACACACACACACACACACACACACACAAACACACACAUUCAUCAAGGUCCCAGACAUCCCAGCUUGACAGAGAGACAGACUAGGCAGGCUUUUGCACAGCUAGCAGGUCUAGAUGACUGGCCAGCAAGAUGUCUCAUUUUCACAUUUAAAAAAAAAAAAAAACCUGAAACAUGAUUUGAUAGCUCUUCAAAGGGUAGCAACACUCCCUCUAUACCUGCUAGAAGACAUCUUCAUUGUGUGAAGUAUUCCACCUUGUCUAACAAUAAUGAUUAAACCAGUUGUUUAUGGGUCAUUCAGUGGAAAUUUAGCCAGAAGGAGGGCAGUUAGGCCGGCCUGGCGGGGUUCAUUGGCCUUGGUUGAAGAGCUGACGGGCAUUCUCUCUGUCCACAGCUUGAAUCAGAUGACCUAAGAUGAUUAUAGCAAAUCCAGCUGAUCGGGGCCAUGCCAGCUGGGCCAGUGAUGAGGCCUGGCUCUGAGGCUUGGCACAGAGGCCUGAGCACAUGGGCGUUGGGUUGUGGCGCAGGGCUGGGGUGAUUGCGGGGAUUGCCGCCCACCAGGCCGCUCUCUCAACAUGGUGGGGAGGGGAAAAUCCUGAUCCAGUUAUGCAGUGGCUUUGAUGGCUUCUGGCUGGGAUUCACUCCAUGUCUUGCCAGUGAUGCAGCUCAUGACGGGCCAAGAGUGAAAGAGAUACAGACAGACAACUACCGGCUUGUCCUAAAACCUCACCGGAAUUUGCCCUCGCAGCAGCAAAGCAGCUCCCCUUGGUUAAUACAACAAGUCAUGUAUAGGGACCUGCUGAUACUUCCCGUGUAUGUUUGGUGUCAUCAGACGCAUCGCUGCAUCCACCUUUGUUACUUGGCCAGGUAGAAUUACACAACAUAAGCGUGUCUAAGGUGAACAACUUUGGCUGGGAUUCCCAAAGAUUUGCAAGCACUGUGAACAUCUUUCUGCUGUUGGAGGUGGAUGAACUAAGGUGACGAAGCUCUGCAGGCCUUGGGAAGGCUGGGAGCGGCUAGUGAUCAGUGAGAUACAAACACAACCCCUGCUAUCAUGCAAAUAACUUUUUUUGUUUUGAUUUGUGGCCAGACUGCAUGACUGGUUUCAUGGGCCAAGGGAAAAUACAAAUAGUAAAGAAAUUCACACGGAAAGUAAAUGAUUACUUUCACUGAAGUUACGAGGUAUAUACAUACCACAGAGGUGUGUACUGUAGAUGCAUAUGUUUAAAAUAUCACUCUUAGGCUCUCUUUCAGUCUGGGAUGACUGCUGUUUAACUGCUGUUACACUGAUCUUCACUAACUGGCCCUCACGAAACAUUAUAACACAACUACUGGGCAACAUUAUGAAGAAAUGCACUAGAUAGACCAACUUGCCUAUUCUUUUGUUCCUUAAUGCACCAACACAUUAUCUUUUAAGUUUUGCCCAAGUUUUAGAUCAUUUUUCUCUCACCUCAGUUAGCUAAAAUAUUCCUAAUGCAUCAUGGGCUUUCGAGUUAUGACACCUGGGUAAUAUUUGAGGUAACAUUAAUGGGAAGCAUUGCUCAGGUACUUUCAUUCUACCUUUUCUUUGCUAAGGCCAGAAUCCUACUUAAUGUGCUGGAUGUGUUAUUAUUCUCUGAUGGAAAUGUAUUAUUUUCAAAUGAGAGAAUCCAUCCCAUGGAUAUGCGACAUGAAUGCAUGCAUGAAGUAAAACAAGUGUUCUGACCAGUUUUGUGCUCGGUCCUCGUCACAUUUUUGUGAAAAGAACAUUUUGUGUAUACUAGAGUUGCAAUGAAACCUUGUGCUGUAAUACAACAUCUAAUCAGUUUCACCCCAGUUCAUUUAAGCUGCGAGAUCCGUGUUCUUUAGAUUAAAUGUGAUCAUGGUUUAGAAAACUAAAAUGAUUUGCCCCGUUUGUCAUUGUUGCAAACAUUGCUCUAGUCUAGACGUUGCCCUGUAUAUGGUGAGUGCUGUUCAAGACUCUCCAGUUACAACCGGACCUAAACAGAUAACUCUCUUCAGUAACACUCAGCAAGUGACUGCUGAGUUGGAGGCUGCGACAUUAAACCCAGCACAACCAAAGAACCCACCCAUCAACAAUAAAUUGACCAAACAAAAGAUCUAAUUUUGCUUUGUCAAGUGUUGCAAAACAAGAGGAUGUGUACAGCUGAAAGCCAAGGUUGUGGAUAGCCUUUCUCUGUGAUAUAUAUAUAAUGCAUUAUGAUUUUGUAAACAUAAGAUCUUAAUAUAUGAAUAUAUUAUAUUUACUGUAUUCACCACGAGGAUUACCAUUCAUGUCAACCUCUGUGUUACAGACUGUAAAUAGUGUUAAUGUAUUGUGUUUUAUCUAUGAUCCAUACAGCGAUUAAUGAAUAUGAUUUAGGUCAUGUCAUGCUUUCUCUCUGGUACCCCACAUUGGCUGUACGAUACUACUUUUUUACUGAAAAUGUUUCAAUUUUAAUGUCUUUUGUAAAGGAGGAUGCUGAUGUUGACUAUAUAUCAUUGGAUCUUCAUCUAAUAAAAUGCACCUUGAUAUCUGUA